UGUAGUAUGUAUUAAGCGUCAGAUCUAUAGUCAACUCGGAUCUCGCGGGUACGAGGUCACAUCGUAGACUAGUGACGACAACACAGCCGUUUCAGGAAAUCUGUACAUAAAUUGCAUGCUCUGGUCCACUCUUGGUGAAUCCGUGAACCCCAUCGGAUAUCAUUUCCUUCCUUUCCUUUUCUUCCUCGAAUUCAUCUUUGGAGAUCUUCGCACCUUCAGAUCUCUCACAUUCUUGGAUCGACAAUGAGGCACACAUGGAUCUUAUUGGCCAGCCUUAUGCCAGCCUGGGGCUUGACGCUGUACCAGCGCGACAAUCCUGCUGUGGUGCAAAUGGACAUUCAGCGUAAAGAUGUUGUUGAUCUAGUCACCAGGGAUCGGAGGAGAAAGCGUUCUUCAACUGUCACUCAACCUUUAGACAAUGAGGAAACGUUAUACUAUUGUAAUAUCACUCUGGGAACUCCCGAACAGAGCUUGCGUCUCGUCAUCGAUACGGGAAGCAGUGAUCUAUGGUGCAAUACGCCAAAUUCGACUCUUUGCGAGUCCUCCGCCGAUGCCUGCCGCUCAUCUGGCACUUACGACUCGAGUUCAUCUUCUUCAUAUUCCUUCGUGUCGUCAGACUUCAACAUCAGCUAUGCCGAUGGGUCCGGAGCCGCCGGUGACUAUGUGACCGAUACCCUCACUAUCGGACAAACCACUAUCAAGGACUUCCAAUUUGGUGUUGGUUUUUCCUCCGGCUCUUCACAGGGUGUACUAGGCAUUGGGUAUGCUUCAAAUGAAGUGCAGGUUGGCACUAACGGUGACCCGGCUUAUGCCAACCUUCCCAGGGCAAUGGUCGAGAAUGAUGUGAUCAAAUCCAGUGCAUACAGUCUCUGGCUGAAUGAUCUGGAUGCGAGCACAGGCUCCAUUCUGUUCGGCGGAGUCAACACCGCGAAAUUCCACGGCACGCUACAGACCCUGCCCAUUGAGAAGGUCGGUGGACAGUACUCUGAAUUUAUCAUUGCCCUCACUGGACUUGGCCUCCAGAACUCGUCGGGUCAUCACGCCUACUCCUCGAGUGCACUCCCUGCAGGUGUGCUCCUGGAUUCGGGAAGCUCCCUCACAUAUCUCCCAGACGCCCUUGUUGAGGAUAUCUAUAGCGACUUGGAGGUUACUUACGAGUCCUCCAGUGGAAUUGGCUAUAUUGAAUGUAGUAUGGCCUCGAGGGAUGUCAAUAUCUCCUACACAUUCUCGUCCCCAACGAUUACCGUGGGACUUAACGAGUUGAUUAUUGACGUGGGUGAUCUCUUCUUCCGCAACCGCCAGCGAGCAUGUGUCUUUGGUAUUGUUCCUGCAGGAAGCAGUACCUCGGUUUUGGGAGACACUUUCCUGCGCAGUGCCUACGUGGUAUACGACUUGGCUAACAAUGAGAUCUCUCUUGCCAACACUAACUUCAACUCCACCGAGAAUAACAUCUUGGAAAUCGGCACUGGCACAGAUUCGGUUCCUAGUGCUACCGCAGUUGCGAAUGCAGUGACUACCGCGCCUAUCGGUGGUUCUGGGGCUCGCAUUGGGGGUCCAGAUGGAGGAUCAGGUAUCUUCACCACAAUCUCUGAGACUGGCAAUUGGGCUGUGCCAAAGGCGACCGCUAUGCCAAAGCAUCUGGCUUUUGGAAUUGCCGGUGCUGGAGCUCUGCUGGCCCUGUAAAAGAUCAGCUUAUGGAUCCGUUUGUUUAGAUGUUUGAUUUGUUGCAUUUUGUGGUGUAUUUGGAGUCCGACUGGCUAUACCUGGAUUUAUUUCUUGUUUAUCCCAUUAGUAUGUGUUAUGAAAUGAAGAC